CUGGACAUCUCCCGGCUCUCCGGAUGGGGCGGGCGCCGCCAUUGUGCAGCGCUCGUCCCCGCGGAGGGUGCUGGCUGCUGCCAGUACCUUGACCUUCCCGGGUCGCUUCUCGCUGUCCUGUUCCAGGAGCCCGGCGGGUCCGGGACUCUGGUCCGUGUUCGUGCCGGUGCGGGCUGCCGGCAUGUGGCUGUGGGAGGACCAGGGGGGCCUCCUGGGUCCCUUCUCCUUCUUACUGGUGCUGCUGCUGAUGGUGACGCGCAGCCCCUUCAAUGCCUGCCUUCUCACCGGCAGUCUCUACGUCCUGCUGCGCCUCGUCAGCUUCGAACCCGUGCCUUCCCUCAGGGUCCUGCAGGUGCUCAAGCCCCGGGACCGCGUCUCCGCCAUUGCCCACCGCGGCGGCAGCCACGACGCGCCCGAGAACACGCUGGCGGCCAUUCGGCAGGCAGCUAAGAAUGGAGCAGCAGGUGUGGAGUUGGACAUUGAGUUUACUUCCGACGGGGUUCCUGUCUUAAUGCAUGACAGCACAGUAGAUAGGACGACAGACGGUUCUGGUCGACUAUGUGAUUUGACAUUUGAUCAAAUUAGGAAACUUAACCCUGCAGCAAAUCACAGACUCAGGAAUGAUUUCCCUGACGAAAAGAUCCCCACCCUGAGGGAAGCUGUCACGGAGUGCCUGAACCAUAACCUCACGGUCUUCUUUGAUGUCAAAGGCCAUGCAAAUAUGGCUACUAAUGCUCUGAAGAAAAUCUAUUUGGAAUUCCCACAACUAUACAAUAGUAGCAUGGUCUGCUCAUUCUUGCCAGAAGUUAUCUAUAAGAUGAGACAAACCGAUCAGAACAUAAUAACAGCUUUAACUCACAGACCCUGGAGCCUGAGCCACACAGGUGACGGGAAGCCACGCUUCAGUGCUUUCUGGAAGCAGUCCAUGUUUGUUGUGUUGGACAUUUUGCUCGAUUGGAGUAUGCAUAAUGUCUUGUGGUACCUGUGUGGAAUUUCAGCUUUCCUCAUGCAGAAGGAUUUUGUAUCCCCGGACUAUUUGAAGAAGUGGGCAGCUAAAGGAGUUCACGUUGUUGGUUGGACUGUCAACACUUUCGAUGAAAAACGGUACUACGAAACCUAUCUCCACUCUAGCUACAUCACUGACAGCAUGCUGGAAGACUGUACACCCCAGUUCUAGACUUCCUGGGGAGGAAACAUGACUGCUGAAACUGCCUUGUGGCCUCAGACAGGGUAUCAAAGUGCCCUCUGUGCUAGUUCAAGCCCUGGGGGACCAGGUGGCUCACACAGGCAAUAGUAGGUAACUGCAUUUUUACCUAAACACCCAGAACCCAGUGUUGCCACCAUGCGCCAUGGAAUGGUGCCAUUGCUCUUGAAAAUCUGGGUCUGAGAAAAGGCCCAGCAGCCCAGCACCCCAGCUGAGGCAUGCCUAAGACCCAGUGAGUGUGAGCACAAAGCGUGCCCUGCAGUUAGGGGACAUGGAUGCAAAUGCAUGGGACUUGCAUGAGCACUGGGAGUUGACAUUUUAAAGUUUGCCACACCUAAGUAAUUCACUUGUUUCAAAAAUUUGUACUCAGCUCUGUCAAUGGCGUACUGUAGAUGUCAGAUUUGUGACCAUACUAAUAAAAUCAUUAAAGGGGGCACAAAAGGAAAGGCGUGUGCCAAGCAUUGCAUCCUAAGGCGGGAGGAAGUUGGGGAAGCUGCCACCUGCAAUCCAGUGAGGCUUCUGUGUGCCAAGGUCAGGGAAGGAGGUCACCAACCAAGAAACUGCAUAAAAGUGCAAACC